CCGUUGCUGGCAGCCAUCUCUCCUUCCGCCAUGGCCGGCGGCGAUCACCACCCCGCACCACCACAACCUCAUGCUGCCCAACCAAGUGAUGCUGCCCAACCAAGUGAUGCUGCCGAACCGAGGGACGCGACCAAGGCUGCGCUGGAGGCCCGGAAUGAGCGCGGCAUGGCGGAGGUGGCAGCGCUGAGGCGCGAGGAGGUGGGCGUGGUGGUGGUGGACCACGGGUCAAGGCGCGCCGAGUCCAACCGCCAGCUCGACGUCUUCGUGGGAGUGUUUCAGCAGGAGACGGGCUACUCCAUCGUGGAGCCGGCGCACAUGGAGAUAGCGGAGCCGUCCAUAGCGGUGGCGUUCACGCGGUGCAUGCAGAGGGGCGCCAGGGGCGUCAUCGUGUGCCCCUACUUCCUCUCGCCCGGCCGCCACUGGCAACGGGACAUCCCAGCGCUGGCAGCAGAGGCAGCAGCGCAGCACGGCAACGGAGUGCCCUUUAUAGUCACCGCGCCCAUUGGGGUGCAUCCACUCGUUGCUUGUUCCAGUGUCUCGGCGCUCACCCCCACCCCUCUUUCCCGCUUUCCCUUCGCUCCUGCCUCUCACUGCUACCCCUCGCUGCUCCCCCUCGCUGCUCCCCCUCGCUGCUCCCCCUCGCUGCCCCCCCUCGCUGCCCCCCCUCUCGCUGCCCCCCCUCGCUGCCCCCCUGCACCGUGGCGAGCGCAUCAGCGUGUGUUGGAGCAGCGCAUAACCCACUGCAUGCAGCGAGUGGCCAGCGGGGACGCCACCAGUGCUUGUGAUGCAUGCAGGGAUGGGGGGGGUUGCAUGGAGCAGAACCUCCUCUGA